GAUACAGCUACUGAGGGCUUUGGGCGGGGCGAGUUUGAAGCGGAUUUCGCGCGCUGAUAGCGUCGGGCUGUCAUUGGCCACCAACUUCCUCCCUUUGUGGGAGCUCCCUGCGUACCCGGGGUUAGGGGUUGGGAGGAGCGACCGAGUGACGCAGUAGCCUUCCCAGCCAAUCCGAGAUGGGGAAGGGAGGCCGAGAAGGAAGCGGAUCCGCUGCCGCGCAGCUAAACCGCAUCGAAGUAUCCUCUUCGUCUCCCUCCGCCGCUAUAGGGGCCUAAGCGGGAGCGGCUGGGACGGCGUCACUGAGAGGGCUGGGGGCGGAAGUGGAGGCGGAGGGAGACAGUGUCGACCGCAGGGCCUUGGGAUCUCGCGCCGAGGCUCUGGUGGGCGCGAGGCAGGGGAGGGGGAGGAGGAGGAGCCCGCGGCCCGGGCGGCGGCGGCAGCGGCGGCGCCCGACUUCCCCGUAGGGCCCCGCCUCGGAGCGGGCUGCGGUGGAAGAGAGGAGGAGACUGAGGAGCAGGAUGGCGGCCUCGGCCCUGUAUGCCUGCACCAAGUGUACCCAGCGCUAUCCGUUCGAGGAGCUCUCCCAGGGCCAGCAGCUCUGCAAGGAAUGUCGGAUUGCGCAUCCUAUUGUAAAAUGUACUUACUGCAGAUCAGAAUUUCAACAAGAGAGCAAAACUAAUACAAUAUGUAAGAAGUGUGCUCAAAAUGUGAAGCAAUUUGGCACACCUAAGCCUUGUCAAUACUGUAACAUAAUUGCAGCAUUUAUUGGUACAAAGUGUCAGCGUUGUACAAAUUCAGAAAAAAAAUACGGACCACCUCAGACCUGUGAACAGUGCAAACAACAGUGUGCUUUUGAUCGAAAGGAGGAAGGAAGAAGAAAGGUUGAUGGAAAGUUACUAUGCUGGCUCUGUACUUUAUCAUACAAGAGAGUUUUACAGAAGACAAAAGAACAGAGGAAGAGCCUGGGAUCUUCACAUUCAAACUCAUCUUCUUCAUCUCUUACUGAGAAAGACCAGCAUCAUUCAAAACAUCAUCACCACCAUCAUCACCAUCACCAUCGUCACAGCAGUAGCCAUCACAAAAUCAGCAAUCUGAGUCCAGAACAAGAGCAGGGACUGUGGAAACAGAGCCAUAAAUCCUCUGCAGCAAUUCAGAAUGAAACUCCAAAGAAAAAGCCCAAAUUGGAAUCUAAGCCAUCUAACGGAGAUAGCUCUAUAAAUCAGUCAGCAGAUAGUGGGGGAACAGACAAUUUUGUCCUUAUAAGUCAACUGAAAGAAGAAGUGAUGUCACUUAAACGUCUCUUACAGCAGAGAGACCAGACCAUUUUAGAAAAAGAUAAAAAGCUAACUGAACUAAAGGCGGACUUUCAGUAUCAAGAGUCAAAUUUGAGAACAAAGAUGAACAGUAUGGAAAAAGCUCACAAAGAAACUGUGGAACAACUUCAGGCCAAAAACAGAGAACUACUCAAACAGGUCGCAGCAUUGUCAAAGGGUAAAAAGUUUGACAAAAGUGGAAGCGUACUAACAUCCCCUUGAGAAAGUUUUUCAUGUAGUGUUUCUGCUGAAAAUGUACAUUUGAAAAAAAUUCUGUGAAGCCCUUAAAUUCUGUGUAGUGGAGAAAUAUUUUUGCACACCAAAUGAAUUGGCGUGUUUCCUAUUCACUUUUGUAACUGAUACACAGCAUUUUUUAAGUUGUAAAACGUUCAAAUAAAACUUCAACUGGUUUGAAGUUACUUUUUAAUUAUUUGAUAUCCAGGAACUUUUUUGCCAGCAAUAGUAUUAAACACUUGUAAAGGAGUGCAUGAGUAGUGCUCUUUAUAAAAUGCAACAGGCAAUAAUAGAUUACGGUUUUCAGAAGUCAGAGCAGCAGGGUUUGGGUUGGUUUUGUUUUGUGUUUUACACUAUACUAAUUUCAGAUAAACGUUUUCAAUUUAGAAAUACAAAAACUUUUAAACAAGGAAAAUGGUGAACACUGGUUUUUUGGUAAUUGUGUUUUUACUUUGCAUCAACAUGAACUUAGGAGAAAAUCAUGGUGCUUUUAUUAAAUGAACUUCAGAAUAUAUGUAAAUAUGUUUUUAAAAGUUACAUCAUUAACAUUAGUUAGUAAACUGGUAUUUUCAUUAUUCGUAUAGGAAUUAAUGUUUAUUGUACAGUAUCCAAGGUAAAAUGUGUUCUGUUUUGUACAAACUACUGUAGAUUUUUACUUACAAGUGCCUUUUGCCACCUAAUGUUUUUAUUUAUAGGAAUGCCGAUCUUUUGUACAUACAGUUUGUUUUAAAAUCAUGUUUAAUAAAUGUUUGUAUAUAAAUGCAUAUGUACAGAAGCCUAUUUCAAAAGGAAAUCAAAGUUGUUAGUAAAAUGUUUGAGUUUGCAUUAAGAACUGAUAAUGCAUAUAGACUCUAGAUGAUUUUGUGGUUUGUGUGUGAUAUGAGAAGCUGUUGGUCACUGAAUUCAUUGAAUUAUGUAAAAAUACUUCCCAAAGAUUUAAUUUUAAAUCGUUUCUGAUAGAGUAAUUUUAUUUUUUAUGUCCUAUGGCUUCAUGUUCAUAUUUUGUGAGUUACAUAUUUUGCUUUCUUUUUGUUUUAUAAAAGUUUUUUAAAAAUUUAUAAUUUUUCUGCAGUGGUCCAUAUAUCUGCUUUCCCUAUAAUAUGUGGUUAUCUAAGUUAAUAUUUAUGUACACCGUACUUGAUUUGUAAGUUUAAAGCAAAUCUGGAAAAAUUUAAAUAACUUAAAUCAAUCCAUGAUUAUCUUUGAAUAAAUUGGAAUCUACUGUAAGAUACAGGCACUAUUUAUAAAAAAAUUAUAUCAGAGUCUUUAAAAUUGUCUAUUAAAGGUUAAGGUAGGUUGGGAUAGGUUAUGUAAAGUUAUUGACUAAUUAUUUUCUGAUCCGGUGGUUUCCAGUCUUUAAUGGAAUUGAUCUCCUCCUUAAUAAAUGCCAGUUCAGACGUUUAGUUCAAUUUUAAAGCAUCAGGCAUUGCUAGAUCUACUGUAUAGAGUGGAAGAGAGUGCCUUCUCUUAGGAAUUUAUGGGCAAGGCUAAAUUUGUUUUAAUUAAACUGUUAUUAAAUUUAUUAGUUUUAAGUUGUUUUUAAACAAACAAUGAUUAUGAAUGUCACAUCAAAGAUCAUCUUUCCUCAGAACACAGGAUGAUUAUAAUUGUUUUUAAGAUAACUGGUGUUUUAGGAGAUUAUUCCUAUAGCUUGUCAUUAUACAUUGAUACCAGAUAAUUCUUUGUCCAAUUUGAAAACAUGUAAUCUAGGGUAAUUUUGAAGUAAUAGCAAAAAGAUUGAAUCAGUCGGACUUGGAAAAAUUAAAUCAGUUUAUUUUUAUGAGCUCUUCAUGCAAUAAUCUUCCUAAAUUGAGUACUCUCAACAAUGGUAGGUAAUGCCUUCUUAACACAGAUUUUAAUGUUUGCAGGAUUUGCUAAAUUCGUAAGAUACUCCUUACCUUUCUUUAAAAUUUAUAAUGUUUUAUAUUCUGGUUUCAUAGUCAUUUAUCAGUCCACAGAGGUCAUUAUGAUUUUAAAAAUAAAUUAUGUAAUAGUUCUUAUAACUUGUUGGAGCUGCUACUAAAAAACAAGGUGCCCCUUUCCCCUUUUUUUACAAAACAGAUUAAAAAUUGAAAAUCAGUCUAAAUGAUUAAGCUUUGUAAAUUCCAAGGCUAAAGCCUUUGAGGGGCUUCACAGUAUUUAGUCCUAAUUAAAUACCAUCUCUCUAUUCCAUGACCGUAUUUUAUAACUUAAUUUUUUUUGCAAUUGUAUAAACUAGUAAUUGAGUCCCAGUCCUGGAUCUGUAGUGUAUUGACAUAAUGAGCUGAUACUCUUUAAAUGUGGACCUGUAAGGAGAUACUAUGGUGUGCCGUAUUGUGCUUUUUAGCCCGUUUUCCGCAAUUAAUUAGCAUUUACCAGUGAGGGUCGUUUUGGCCCAAGUUAUUUAUGUAUUAAUAGCCUGUGAAUAUUGCAGUCCUUUUUAGAUUGUAUUGGUCUCAAGAUGCAUUCUGCGGUGAACCUGGUAAGCUGUUCACAUGUAUAGACUAUUGAAAUACUGUACUUGUACACAUCUGACUGUUGACAUUUUGUACUUUUUUCUAAAUCCAAUAUUUCACAAUAAAAACUUGUCAAAAAAGUUU